CUUAAAGUUACUUCCAACUACAUACACUCUUUCAAUCACUCACCAUGCAAUACAAAGUCUUAGCUGUCUCCGCUGCCUUAGCUGCCUCUGCCUCUGCUGCUUCCACCAUCACCCAGGUUGAAACCGUCACUGAACACCACACCACUGAGGUUACCAUUACCUCUUGUGAAGAAGAAAAGUGUGUCACUACCGUCGCCACCUCUUCUUUAACUGUUCUCACUGAGACUGUCAAUGGUGUUGAAACCAUCUACACCACCGUCUGUCCUUUGACCGAGUCUUCUACUUCCGUUGAAGCUGAAUCCACUCCAGUCUCCAACACUGUUGUCACUACCACCGUCAACGGUGUUGAAACUAUCUACACCACUAUCUGUCCUUUGACUGAAACCACCCCAGAAACUGUCGCUCCAGAGGCUUCUACUCCAGAGCUUACCACCAAGGUUGUCACCGAAACUGUCAGCGGUGUUGAAACUAUCUACACUACUACCUGUCCAGUGUCUGAAGAAGCCUCUACUUCUCUUGAAGCUGUUGAAACUACACCAGCUGCUGCUCCAGCUGUUGAAACUACUCCAGCCGCCGCUCCAGCCGUUGAAACCACUCCAGCUGCUGCUGCUCCUGAAGUUGAAACCACCCCAGCCGCUGCUGCUCCUGAAGUUGAAACCACUCCAGCUGCUGUUGCUGCUUCUGAAGAAGUCACUUAUGUUGACCUCACCACUACCCCUGUCGUCACUGCCUCCACCGGUGUUGACGAAACCCUCACUGAACAAUACACCUUGACCUCUUACUACCAACCUGCCAACUCUACUGCUGCUGUUGCCACUUACGAAGGUAACGCUAACAAGUUGGUUGCUGGUGCUGCUGGUAUCGCUGGUAUUGCCGCCUUGUUGUUGUAAGCAGCUUCAUUUGCAUUUCUUCAUGUUAUAUGAAAUAUCUGGGCCUUAGAGCUUAGUGAGCUAAACUGCGGACAAUAGAUUUUUUCGCAGCCAUGCAACUCUGCAGCCUCUGCGCAUUUUCAAAAGCAAUAUUCUGUACUUUAUAUAAUUGGGUUUUCGGUAAUAUAUUUAAUUAGU